AUGCGGACAUUCUUAAUAUUUCCAGUUCUAUGGAUUAUUCAAAAUAUUGAUGCACUAUUAAUUAAAUCCACACCAAGCUAUGUGAGUGAGUGGAAAUCGAUGACCGCCAACUCGAACACCUCCCGAGUGACUCUCAGACAUGGCCUUCGAGAGGCCCCUGCCUAUGUCAAGGUCGAGGCACAGACGAAGAAUGGGAUUAUAUUUCCCGCGUUUGGAUCCGCCCAGCAGGACGACGACACUGGUGAAAUGUAUGGGGGCGUGGUGUUUGUCUACGACAGUACUCACAUCGAUAUAUUUGUUCCACAUUAUCAUAACGGCGAUGUGCCAAGAAGUAAAUGGGCAGCGGUAUAUACAGGAAACGACCAUAAAUGGAUUGGUCCCCGAAACAUUUCCCGGUUGUUUGAGACAAUCACAAUACAGGCAAAGGCUUGGAGAUCACGUGACCUUCCCCCGAUCACCUGGAAGAGUCAAGCAAUUAAUGUUUCUACAAAUGGAUGUUUAAAUGAAUCACUGAAACAUUCGUUAAAUAGAUAUCCUGACUUUAUUGUGGUACAAGUACGAACCAGAGAGGGGAUAUUCCAGGGACAAGGUUUAUCAUCCCUAGUCUUUUCGACAAGGAGAUAUCUUCACUUUGGUGGAUUACUCUAUGGAACAAAUGAGUCCCAUGUACAGCUGUGGUCGGCUUGUAACGUCAAUGGAAUGUUGCAACAUUACGGUUUGUUAUGUAUUGAUGAUGGAUGGGGGGACCGACAGUUAUCUCUUCGCACUCGCCACGGGCAAGUUACGGUCACUGCAUGGACCUUUUAUAGAAAUGGGUCUGGCCUAAGGAAGACUCUGGCAGACAUUGACGCAGAGGACCACUUGGUUCUUGUUGCUGAUAACUUAACAGCAUACACUUUUGUUAACGUUCAGAUUCACGUGCAAAAUGGCACAAGCAGAGGUUUCCGGUUUGAUGGGGUCGGGUCUGUGAUGAAUGAAGCUGAACCAUACGGGGGACUCGUGUACGGUUACAACGACUCUGUGGUUGCUAUCUGGGUACCCACCUCUUUAAAACGAAACAGCGGAAAUGCGGCUGUUUUUAUGUUGGGAAGAAUUUGGGGGUCAGGCUUCAAUGAAGAGAAGACAAACAACGUGGAAAUAAUCUUCAAUGUUAUGGAUAUAUUGAUGCCUGUCUGUUUGCUAGAAGUGAAUACUACAACAACAAGCUUAGUUGCUUCAUUCAGAUACGACAAAAUAAAUGAUUCAGUUUUAAAGUUUGCCGUUGGUGAUGAAAUCACCAUGCACUGUAACUAUGGUUACAAAGCAGUGCAUCCAAAUUUUACCAUGGUAUGCAAGGAUGAAAACAAUGGUAGUUGGAGCCAUGAUCCCAUAGAGUGUCAUGUUGAGUGUCCAAAUCCAGAGGUGAAUAACACCAAUCUAAUCACCAUGGAUAAUUCGCCCCAUGGGUACGUAGUGAGCCUCACCUGCAUGGGCCGUCACAGACACAUCAGUGGGGAUUUAGAACGCACGUGCAAUAGGAAUGGAACGUGGACAGGUACACCACCUGUUUGUAAAGAAUGCAAGUGCCCUUGUUCGGCCAUAGGAUCAAUACCAAUCAAGUCAAACGAAACAAAGAAACUUGAACAACGAAUCAGAGAGCUACGAUCUUUGUUGACCGUACAGAAAAACAUGACUGCUAAAGCCAGACGACGAAAAGUAUGUGCCUCCGACCCGCGACCAUCUGCCCAAGGAGUAGGUGUAGUGAUGGGGGUUGGGGUUUUGGUGGUUAUUAUUUCAUCUAUUGUUAUCCUGGAUCUGCCUUCUUUGAUUUCUUCUUUCAAAUAGUAAAAUAAACUUUCUGCGUCAAUUUGUUACACCGUUUUAUUGAAGAUCCACAAGGAGCCAUUACGGUAGAAUAUAGUUUUUCUUAAUUCUUCAGUUGUACGGUCACAACAAUUGCCUAUUUUGCCGAUUUAACAAGUGCUUGGACUUUAGGCAGAGCAUGUGUGUGUCAAACUCCAAUUUGACAAGGUGGUGUCUAUUCAUGGUUACUAGAAGUAACUUUCAAUCAUUGGCUAUAAUAGAUAUGAAUACAUCAAAUGCAAUUUACGACACUUGUUUGACUUCAUCUAGGGCUGUAAAUUUAUCUUGAAACAGCAUCAAUUUCACACAACAGAGCAGACCAGAAUAAAAAAAGAUAUAUUUGAAAGCCUGUUUUGAUAAAUGAACUAGAUUGUUACAUCCAACCAAAAA